GCUACGUCUGUUCACUGGAUGAGUUCUUGAAACUCUUUGGCAUCAUGGCGGGUGUUCUGUGACCCUGGACAGCUGUGCACCAUCAGGUCCAAACGUUCAUGAAUAUUUCGCGUCCUCAUAAGGGCCUGCUUUCAUACACGACUAAAUUUCGCCUGUGCCUGCAUGUUUACCUUUAUUUUUUUGCUUCUUUUAUGUCAUGCUAGUAAUCACACAACUUUAGCAUGCCAUUAAUAAUUUUUGUGUCUUUUUUUUCCCGCUUGCGCUUGCCGGUUACUGUCACGCACUGCAGGAGCCGAUGGGAUAGUCAAGGUGCUCCAGCAACUUUUUCAUCGGCCCACAUCAAGGAAGAAUGCAAAAAGAAUGUCAAUUAUCAACAAAACUAUGGGAAAUACAAAAAAACGUACAAAAAUCCAGGAACUUCUCGGACAUUCGAGCCCAAGUGCGCCGUCAGAUGUGGUGCAGCUGCUGUUCCAGCUCGACAGCGCACAAGGCCCAAAGUAAGGUGCACCCGCUGAAGCAAGACAAGCUAGGGGCCCCCGUAGGCUUCGCAAACAACCCAGUGCCCAUGGAGCUCUACCACAUGGACGCCAGCCCACCGUGCCGCGCUGUGCGCAUGGUGGCCAGGCACCUCAAUCUCAGCCUGAACCUCAUCCCUGUCAACUUCAUGGCUGGCGAGCACAUGACGCCCCAGUUUAGAAAGAUCAAUCCUCAGUCCGUCUUGCCGACGCUGGUCGACGAUGGCUUUGUCCUUUGGGAAAGUCGUGCAGUAUUGACGUACCUGGUGAACCGGUACGUACCUCACAGCCCCUUGUACCCAACCGAUCCGCGCUCUAGAGCUUCAGUGGAGCGUCUCCUUUACUUCGACAUGGGUACCCUCUUCGAUGCAUGCCAUAAAAUACUGUACCCGGUGAUAUUCGGUGGACCACUGCCGGAUUCCGAGCAGGAGAAGCCGCUGGUGCGUGCGUUGGACCUUCUCGGAGGGUUUCUCGGCGAGAACAAGUUUCUGUCGGGCGACGACGUCACCCUGGCGGAUAUUUCUAUCCUGGCUACACUGACUGUCACUGAGGCGAGUUUGUGCAUAUAAUAGUGCAUGCCAUUAUUCAUACCAGGUUUAAAGGAGCGCCAUGGAAUUGGGG